AUGCGCCUCUACUUCUCUUCGACCAAGGUCACCGAUACAGUGAUUUCAGACGAGCACAAUCGUCCGCUCUACGCCACCUCAUCCAGUACAUACUUGCGCCAUACGCAAAUCCUCAAGUGCACACCUACAGCACCGACACCCGUGAACUUCGCCACCAUAGACUUCCACAACUUUAGUCCCGAUUAUCUGACCCUGAGAGGGGAGAAGUUCAAGGUCACGGACUUCCUCGAAAGGCCGGUGUUGAAUUCAAAUCGCAGAGAGUUCGUCCUUGCGAACGGUACCAAGUUUGUAUGCCAAUGGGUGGCGAACAUCUGGAGACUCUCCCUCCUUGACGGUCCCGAGGUCGGCCGUUCGCACGUGUACUUGCCAGGACUCAACGGGGACACGCCUAACCCAUCCUUCAUCGAGUUUAGCGACGACCCGCGUGUGCUGAACUCGUUGGACGAUCUCAUCGUGAUAUACGUAUACACGCGAUUCAGGCAUGAGCAUGACGUGACGAGGCGUAGGAGAGAGCGUUCUAGUGGCUUGGGAAUGGCAGGUGGCGGAGUGGACUUGCCUGACUCGGGCGUGGGGAUCAGUGACAGUAGUAGUGGUGGCUUCUUCGACAGUGGCAUUGGCAGUUCGACGGAUAUGUGA